AUCUACCAGCCAUCCAAUCCUUUUCCACUCAAAUAUCUUCCUCUAGCAUCAAUCUAAUGACUAACUUCCAUUCCAUUUCUACAAUUGUCGAAAACUCGAUGGCCGGUAACUCCGGUGCUCUGUAUGCAAUCUUCUUCCAACGCUCUAACGAACUCUCUUUCAUCUCUUUGCACAGCUCAUAAGACCUUAUCAAAUUCAGCAUCCAACAUCAGGAUAUCUCGGAUUAUGGGAGACGCACUACUGGAGGCGCUUGCAGAGCUCUGCCGCUACACAGCAGCUCGAAAAGGACACAGGAUAUUGAUGGACGCCCUCAUCCCGUUUAUCGAGGCUUAUACUGAAAAACUGGACUUCAGCACGGCAGUGGUUGCGACGAGGAAGGGUGCUGAUAUUACAAGAAAAUUGGAUGCUGUAUUGGGGAGAGCGAGUUAUGUCGGGAAGGAUAAUCUUCAGAUCGAGGAAACUGGAAUAGGAGUGCCGGAUCCUGGUGCUGUGGGGGUAUGUAGUGUUUUACAGGGUAUCGGAAGAGCGUUGCGAGAAUUUUCAGGGUGAUAAUGUGGUUUUUAUUUGUUUCGGCUUCGUAUCAUACAGUACUCGUGGCUAAUUGGCCUAGACUGGAUAUCUACGGUCUUAA